AUUCUAGAGUUUUUACAAUUUUGUAAACAUUGUAAAAUUAAAAAGCUGUCGUUUUUUAAUUUCUAUCCGAAGAUUCUAUGUGAGAACGUCUAUACAUUAAAUGUUAUAAGAUAAUAGGAAAGAGCAGUGAACUGAAAUUUAAUUAAAAUUUAAAUGAACAGAAUUUCUUAAAAUGAUGAGACAGUCACAGGUGCACAAUGCACAGUCGGUAUCUGUCUGUAAACGCUCAGAUUAUAGUCAGCCUGCGACUGACUCAUAUUGAUUACAUGUGUUUACAUUGUUUAGCCAAUAAGAGGCCGGCAAUCGAUCGACUGGCCACUAGCGCCUCAGCGCGCCAGUCUAGUAGCGACUGCCGUGCGCUUAACAUCGAGGUCUGAGCGUAUUAAGUCUCAAACAGUUUAAUUAGUAGUAAAACAUUUAAAAGAUCCUAUGAAGUUGCAAAUUAAUAAUAACAAUACUAGUAAUUAUAGAAUUGACGAUGUACGUUUUCAGUGUAAAAGUGAUUUCCCUCGGAGGGAACAGGGCAGCGGGGCGGGUUCAGCUCGAGGCUGGAAGGCCUAAGAGGCAGCGGAGCAUCUACUCCAGGAGGAUACUCCUGCCUCUGAUAAUUAAUAGAAAGAACAAGCUGGAGAUCGGUGACUCGAGGGCGGGGUACGGCAACGAUAUGUUCCAGGUGCCUUUGAUCGCCGCGGGGGACCCCAAGGAGGCGUCUACGAGCGACACGGUCAUUCUCGAGGUCGGGCUACUUGGUGACACGUGGAGAUACUGCGUACAGAGGCAGCGACUCGCGGAGAGAUCCGAGUGGUUUCGAGCUAUGCUCGUGGGUCCUUUGGCCCCGGCGAGGACCGACCCACCGCCUGUACUGAAGCUUCAGCACGUCGAGAAGCGCGCCUUCGAUCACCUCCUCAGGUACUUGUUGGACGAGCCGAUUAACUUUCAAUCGGUGUCAACCGCCAGGGCGACUCUGGACGCGGCCCACCAGUAUCUCUGCCCCGACUUAGCGAGACUUGCGGUGGAACAUUUAGAAAAGAAUUUAAACCCGGGAACAGUGUUAGAAACUUAUAUGGGAUUGAGUUUGUACGCGAAUCAUUCGAACUGUGCCAGCAGGCACGAUGCCCCUCCGUCUGCCCCGCCAGCUCCUGGAGAUAUAGCCGGAGAAACAGCUGCACUUUGCACGAGGCUGCUACACGCCUGUCUAGACGUAGUGGACUCUGAGCCGGAGGCUGUGUUUGCCCAGGAAAGGUUCGAGGAGUUGGACUCUGCAGAGGUCGAGGAACUAUCGUGCAGAGACACGCUCAGGUUGACGAACGAGUCAGCGCUGUUCCGCGCGCUGGACAGGUGGGCAGCGUCCGAGUGCCGGAGGAACGGUGUUUCGCCUUCGGCGACGAACAAGAGGUCCGCGCUCUCCGAUGAGGUUUGGUACAGUGUCAGAUAUCCUCUGAUGACGGACAAAGAGUUCAUCGACGGGCCCAUGGCGAGCGGGAUUUUGUCUAGUGAGGAAUCUGCGCUGAUCGUUUCCAGGAUCCUGGGACAUGAUUGGAAGGAAGUACAAAGUUGCCUGACUGCACUGCCAAGAUUGAGCAGCACCCCGAGGUUCGGCCCGAACCGCGACGACACUGAUGAGGACGGCGGACCCUGCGGCUGGGCUACGAAAAGGGAAUGUAGGGAGAACAGAAAGAACCGUAGAAAAGAAUGCGUUCACCAGGGCCAGAGGACCUGCGCCAGGAUCGGUAACUGCCUGGUCAAGGUCCUCGCCUGCAUCUUCGACUGAGAGAGGCUCAUAGCUAAUUUACCGGAUACUAACUAACCGGAAUUUAAUUAACCGGAAACUAUAUAAAGAAUAACGAACAUUUUAUUAAUCAAAACUUUGUCUCCGAGCUAAUGAUUGCUUGUUUUUAAACGUUUUCAUUUGAUAAGACUAAUUAUUAUAUUUAACGAUGUCCAACGACGAAAAGCUAAACGAGGCUGAUACUGUUAUAUCGUGUUCACAGUAGCGUCCGGGUAUAUGGCCACGCCUUGUUCAGAUGGCCAUAUAUCCGGAGAGUACUGUGAAUCGCUUCCUGUCAUUUUUCUUCAUCUGAUAACCGUAAUCUCCAGAUGUAUGGCCACACCAAUCUCGAAUAUCAUACGUGACCAUAUAUCCGGAGAAUAUUGUAAAUCGGUUCCUAUCAUCUAUUACUAUAGAUCAGGCAUGGCCAAGUACACGUGCACCACUGUAGCUGUUCUCCCUACUUCGUGCAGUAGGCCCAGGAAGCCCUCACAUUAUUUCAGUAUGUUACGUGCGUGCAUCAUACACACUAUUAACCGUUCGGACUGCGUGCCUCACUCCGGCUCCCGGGCAAGGUCGUGUCGCGCGGCGACAACUUUGGCCAUGCCUGGUACAGAUGUAGUCCCAGGGUAUAUAUCAGGUAUGGCUUCAGAAGGUAUACCUUCAGCGGGAGCCUAAGUGGGGAUGUGUUAAGUAGUGUGAGCGCAUUAUGGUCUGCUGUGUUACUGUGACUAUGGCACGAGGUGGGGAAAGCUAUUGGAGUAGGGAGAAAUGAGUUGGCCAUUCCCACGCCGGGUCCCAAUUACCACGCGCAAGCAUAUAUCCGGAGAUUACUGUAGACAGACGAAACCUGAGAGUAACCGUGCAAUCGAAGGGCCUUAUCAAAUAUCCUGGACCCUUUAUACAAUGUAUUUUGUAAGGGAUACCGAUGCACCCUUUUCUUUUCACUAAAAUUAAAUGACCGUGAAUCAUUUUAUCAUAAACACAUUUCGCGAUUGGAAUCAAUUUUAAGGAGGAAGAAGAGUGUUCGGUUAUAUAUUACUUGAUGAAGGUUGAAAAAUUGUUAAUACGACUAAGUCAUUCUUAAAUGUGUAAUCAAUCUAACUCUAGUUAUAUCUAUAUCGGAACAAAAAGAAAAUAAUUGGAUUUGUUACGUUCGAUUCCUGUUUCAGAGUAUAUACGUUGCAUUUUACAUUUUAUUCUAUGUUAUAAAUAUAUAUAUAUAUAUAGUCAUAUUGUGAAUUGUGAUUGAUGUGUUUUGAAAUUAUUAACUAGGUGCGAUUAAUUAACAAUUAGAAAAGCGUGAAUGGAAUCAUGGCUGGUCCGUGUGAAUUAUUACGUUUUUAUUCUAUUUAAGGAAUUAACGACGAAAUUGAAGAGGCACCUCUCGCGGAUCUGUUUUAACGAUUAUUAUACGUAUAAAGAAAGAACGUCGAUCUAUUUUUUCGUUGAUUGAAAUUUUUGGAAACGUUUUAAAGAGACGGAUAGAUGAAUGGAUCUUCACUUGAAUACGCUUCUUCGAAAAUUUCGUUCAACUCCAGCAAACAAUGUUGUAACCGUUUUAUGUUAAUGAGAUCCAAUAAAAUUUGUAUACCGCUUGAA